AGGCACCCAGGGGUCAUCUUCAUUGGUCCACGCUGUGCCCCUUUGCUCUCCCACCAGUCGCUGCAGUCAAAGCUCCGUUGCCUGGAGGGGGGACGGGGCGGGGCUUAGGUGCGAAGGCGGGGCUUCGGAGAGCGUCUUUGGGCCCCCGAGGCCAGUGCUGGCCCGCCGCCCCCACCUGCAGCGCGGUGGAGCGCGGGCGCGUCACUCCCAGCGGAAGCGCCAGCCCCGCGUCUGGCGAGGUGCGCGCCUCGCGGCUCCCGUUCCAGAGCUUCGUGGCCCGCCUAUGUCUGCAGAGCAGGGGCGGGGGCCCGGGGACGGGGGCCCGGGGCCACGGACUGGGGACUGAGAUCGAAGUCCUGGGACUGAGAUACUGCGGAAUCGUAGACAGUCACCCGGUUCAGCUCAGACGGCGUUUCGGGGUGGGAGCAGAUCGAGAAGGUGAAGGACCACUGCGGAUCCGACAGCGCGUCCCAGCACCUUGGACUUGCUCCUUCCUGAACUGGGGAAAAUCUGAGGAAACCAAGCAGGGACCUUGGAGACGCCGCCUGCAUUCUCAGCAGCCUGGAAAUCCAGUCACCUUGGUACCUCCUCGCUGCUUCCCAGACACUUCGGAGGGGCAGGAGCUGACAGCUGGCUGACAGAAAGCUCGCCCAGGGAGAGAGGAGACAAAAAUCAAGUGUGGAAUUAGGAAUAAUGUUUUCAGAAUAGACCCACAAGUUGGGACCCACACUGCCAUCUGAAGUCCUGCACUCCAAGCUUCAGGUAUCGAUCUCUGACUUUUCAAGAUGGAUGAAGGCACAGAAGUUUCGACUGAUGGAAAUUCCUUGAUCAAGGCUGUGCAUCAGAGCCGGCUUCGCCUCACAAGACUUUUGCUAGAAGGUGGUGCCUACAUCAAUGAGAGCAAUGACCGUGGAGAAACGCCUUUAAUGAUUGCCUGUAAGACCAAACACAUCGACCAGCAGAGCGUCGGUAGAGCCAAGAUGGUUAAAUACCUUCUAGAGAACAGUGCUGACCCGAACAUCCAGGACAAAUCCGGGAAAAGCGCUCUGAUGCACGCAUGCUUAGAAAGAGCUGGCCCGGAAGUGGUUUCCUUGCUCCUCAAGAGUGGGGCGGACCUCAGCUUGCAGGACCAUUCUGGUUACUCAGCUCUGGUUUAUGCUAUAAACGCAGAAGACAGAGAUACCCUGAAAGUCCUCCUUAGUGCUUGCCAGGCUAAAGGGAAAGAGGUCAUUAUCAUAACGACAGCAAAGUCGCCCUCUGGGAGGCACACCACCCAGCAGUACCUCAACAUGCCUCCCGCGGACAUGGAUGGGAGCCAUCCGCCAGUCACGCCUUCAGAAAUUGACAUCAAAACUGCCUCGAUGCCACUGUCAUAUUCUUCGGAGACGGACCUGACACUUUUUGGCUUUAAAGAUAAGGAGUUUUCUGGAAACAGUGAUAAUACCUGGGACCCGGACUCUCCUCGGCGGAAGCCUGUGAUGACCCCUAACGGGCCCAAGCUAUCCCAGGUUGGGUCAGGCUGGAUCAAGAAUCCCCCAUCAUUAAAGCACCAGGCCCGAGUGGCCUCCUUGCAAGAGGAGCUCCAAGAUAUCACGCCAGAGGAGGAAAUAGCUUACAAGACCAACGCGCUGGCGCUGUCCAAGCGCUUUAUCACCAGACAUCAGAGCAUCGAUGUUAAAGACACCGCACACUUGCUCAGGGCCUUUGACCAGGUCAAUUCAAAGAAGACGUCAUAUGAUGAACUAAAUUACCACUCCUUGUUUCCGGAAGGAAACCAGCCAUGCAUGGAAAUUCCCGCUGACCAGGACCCAGACCCUAACCAGACCCUCUUCGCCUCCACUUUAAGAAGUAUAGUUCAAAAGCGAAACUCGGGAGCCAGUCACUACAGCUCUGAUUCUCAGCUCUCAGAUGGUGUUCCGCCUCCGAACGUAGAAGAAGGCAAAGCUGGAAAGAAAAAGAUCUUUGCGCCAUCUCCUUCCUUGCCCAAAGAAUUAAUGGAGACUGGCCCUCCGGGCCCCCUGAGCAGGAGGAACCACGCGGUUUUAGAAAGGCGGGGUUCUGGAGCGUUCCCCAUCGAUCACAGCCUCGGGCAGAGUAGACCCGGCUUUCUGCCCCCCUUAAAUGUAAAUCCUCACCCUCCUAUCACAGACGUCGGUGUCAACAGCAAGAUCUGCAGCCUGCUUUCCUGUGGCCAAAAAGCGCUGAUGCCAACUGUUCCUAGUUUCCCGAAGGAAUUAAAAAACAAAAAGAUGUUGUUAAGACGACAGUCUCUGCAGACAGAACAAAUUAAGCAGUUAGUAAAUUUUUAAGAGAUGGCUAGAAAACACAUCAUGUCCAAACGUCUGUAUCAGAAAAAGAUAGACUUAGAGAAGAAAUCUUAACUGUAUCCUUUCAAGUUUUAGCUAGUGCAUCACGGCUAGGCAGAUGAAAAUAUAGUGUAUUUUGUGUUAGGUACAGUGAGCACACCAUAAUAUAUAGCUUCCGAGGAAAUUCUAACAAAAUGAAAGCCGUUUUUCUCAAAACCUCCAGUAUUUAUCGACUUUCAUGUGGUCCAAGUUUUCCAUUUAAACAAAAAUGCUCCAAGAAAGAAAGGUACCUAUGCUAGAAACGAUUUUUAAAAUUUCAGAUUGGCUUCAUGUUCUAUUAUGAAGCAAUGUCUUCAAGUUAGUAAUUUUGUCAACACUUUAUGUCAACGAGGUUGUAAUUUUCCGUGAUGUCAAAAUCACCAAAGAAACCCUGACAUCAGUGAAGCUAAGCUAUAAGGGAAGGGUGAACAGAUUCUUUAAAAUGUCGACUCAGACAGGUGAAAGUCUUACUAAAACAAUGUAAACAUGAAAAACUAGUUAGAAAGAGCAACCGCUGCUCAUAAUGGCUGCCAUACCUGCAUCAGAAUGGCAGGCAAGGGGGCUGAGGAGACAGCGUACAGGCAGUGCAAGCUGAGGUCCUGAGUGUGGAUUCCUAGAAUCCACCUAACAGCUAGACCUAGUAGUGCAAGUUUGCGCAAUCCCGGCGUUCUCUGCGGGGAGAUGAGGGGCAGAGCCAGGGGAAUCCCCAGAAGCUCAUGGCUCUGAUAAUCUGCCUGACUUUGAGGUGGUGAGACCCUGCCUCAAACAAGGGGACAAGGGAUGACCGACCCCCAAAGGUAGAGCUCUGACAGCCACGCACCCCUCCCCCACCCACACUGGCAAGGCAGGGCAGCAAGCCAUAUGCCAAAUUCUGUUCUCUUUGCACCGUGUAUUGCUUUCAAACAAACUUACCAAUCAUGUUAUCUUAUGGUAUUAUUCCUAGUGUGUGUGUUGUUGUUUUUUUUUUUUUUGAGUCUCUUGCCCAUAGGUUUCCAACACCAAGAUAAUAUAAAAAUUAAAAAGGGUUCCCUUGAUUUGCAUUAUUGUUUUCUUCCCAAAAGAAAUGGGAUUCCCCUUGACUUACAUUAUCCUUGUCUUUCCAAAAGCAACACCCCAAACAGGGCGGGGGUGGGGAUGGGCUGCAAAACAUUUGGGAUUGAGCAUAAAUGGAAAUUAAAUGCUUGCUUCAUUCUAAAAACAGAAAAGCUGAUUAACAUUAGUUUUUUAGCUAAAAGUACAAAAGCCAAGUAGAACCUUAAUCAUAAAACAUAUUACUGGGUCACUACUAAGCAGUAUCUUUAUUUCUGAUAUGUAGAUAUUAGACAGUCAUAUAAAGAUAUAUAAUGACCUUGGUGUGACAUUUGGAUCAUCUAGUAUCUUAGGGUCAAUGAUUAACUUUUAACAAAAUACACAUUAUUAUAAGAUAUUCUAAAAAUGACAGUAUUACCUACAUGACGUCAAAGUCUGGUGUUCAAAGACUUCUUUCUUCCUUGCAGCAGUUCUGAAGCAAAGACUGACAGAAACAGAGACCCCAGGGUGUGAGUCCAGUGACAUCAUCCACAGCUUCAAUUCCUCGCCCAACAGGUGGCAUGAUGCCUUUCUUGGUAAUUUGAUAUCAGCAAUUUGAAGUGUACAUAAAAUUAUGUAAUUAUCUGUGGCUUUUAUUUUAAAAACUAAUUGCAGGUUUUUCCAUUUAAUGUUUUAAAGAAAAUAUUAAUUACAUUAGAAAAUAUUUUUAUUCACAAAUCAAAAUUGUACUGAUGUUUCUAAGUAGCUGGAUUCCUUUCAUGAGUUUUACUAUCACAAAAAGCACUUGACCUCACACUGCAAGGACGCAGUUCAGAAGAGAAUGUAAAUAGGGUAAUUCAUUAUCAAGAUGCUAUCAAUAAAGACUUAAAAUAGCA